UUCAGCUUCAGUUGACAGAUGUUCCUCAGUUUCUGUGCAAAUAAACAAAAGUAUUUUCCAAAAUGUCAUUGGUUGAAUUGCUUCAAAAAUAUGUUUACACCGCAGUAAUAAAUUAUCUGCCCUGGCCCAGUUAGCGAACUUGCGGUUCUAUGUUCAUCCACCAUGACGACCGGCCAAUCCUCAACUUAGAGACUUAAAAAGCGAUCACCCUUGCUUUCCAAUCAAGGCGGCAGUCUCUAGCGGUUUCCCGCAAUGAGGACAUGGUUGAUAUUUUGUCUGUUCUGUGCAAAUUAUGUUGGCUGUGACAUGGAGUUCCCCCCACUUCCUCAAGGAAAGCCUUACAGUUUAGAAAGCGAAGAGGAUUCUUGGAGUUUGAACGGUCUUACAAGUAUUGCAAAUGACAUCGCCUUGACGCUCAGAAAUCAAGCGCCUUACGAAAUUAUUGGAAAUACCUUUAGUAAUGCAUUUGGUAAAGGAGGAAAGUCCCCAGAAAUCUCUGAGGUGAUUGACUAUGAAGUUCCUUUGAUAGUGCUGGCUUCCCUCUCUUUGAUUGCUGCAUUGGUUAUCCCUAUUAUUGGCCUAGUCUUUUGCUGUUGUCGUUGCAGAGGAAAAUGUGGUGGCAUUAUAUAUGAUGAUGAACUCAAACAGCAUCCUGCAAAAGAACGAAUAGCAUACUCUGCUGGAAUUCUUCUUUGUGCAUCUUUACUGAUUAUUUCAGGUGGCUUUAUUCUAGCUUCAAGUAUUCAUAUGAAUGACAGUAUCCCACAUGCAAGAACAGUGUGGAAUGACUCAUUUAGUGAUAUCAAAAUUUACACAGGCAAUUUACUUCAGGAAAUAAAUCACAUAUUACUUCAAGAAGCUGUUCCCACAAUUGACAUUUUGUUUGAUGCAGUUAUUGCAAUGGGAAGAGAUAUAGUUGUUCCUAUAAUACAGUCACCUGUAUUUCAAGAACUCUACUCUGCUGUUAAAGAUGUUGAUCAAGCUGUGAAACAGACCGCACAGCUUUUUGGGGAGAUAGCAGAUGCAAAGUCAUCCCUAAUCUCAAAAAGCAGCCACAUUCAAAAUGAACUAAUUUCCAUUCAAAAAGCAUUGGAGGCCAUUCAUACUGAAUGUAAAAGUAGUGGAGGAAGCAGUCUUUGUGAUGAAAUCCCAUUUGGUAAGGAUGUGGAAACUGAAGCAGACUUUAACAAGGUCCCCAAUGUUACUGAUAGCCAAAACAAAAUAGAGGAUGUGGCAAAGAGUGGUCUUGGAGAUGAUGUUGCAAAGGGUAACCAGUCUCUACAGGACAUGGCUGAGAGAGUUCAAAACUUGACUACAAAUUUAACCAGUGAAUUUCAGAAUUUUACUUCCAAAAUAAAAGAUAUGCCAGUGGAUGUUGUUCAGCCUUUAAGAGAUUACAUUAAUAAGUACAUUGCAGAUACUCUGUUUCCAAUCAGAGAUGAUGUAGAUGAGAAGUAUCUCGGUCCAGAUGGAUUGCUAUCCAAAUAUGACAACUAUAGGCAUAUAGCCUUCGUUUUGAUAGGAAUCCUAUCUCUGUUGGAUGGUUUGCUGUUGAUAAUUGUUGUGGUAAUGGGCUUGUGUGGUUCUCUAAGUUAUGAUACACCCAGUAGUAGAAGUAAUCUUUCACACGGGGCAGGAAGGCUUAUGUUAGGAGCUGCUGGUUUGUUCUUUUUUUCUGCAUUUCUCUUUAAUUUGUUGACUGGUAUCACCUUCAUGUUGGGAGCUAAUAUAGCGGUUGUUUGUGAUGGCAUACCUGAUUAUAAGCUUCUUGAAAAGACUAUAGAUGACCCAAAAUUUAUGGGAGGAGAGUACUUGCUGAGUGAAAUGAUCCUAAAUAAUGGAAAUAUUCCAUUGACUGUGUCUGGAGUGCUUAGUGAAUGUUCCAAAAAUCAAGCUCCUUGGGAUGUUCUCAAGAUGGACCAUGUGUUCAAUCUCUCUGUUGUUCUUAACUACAAAGAUCGAAUCCCUGAACUGGAUGCAGUGUUUGCUACACUAAAUGAAACUGUUAAAGAUACUGAAGUAAUUCCUGAGAAGACCAAGAAAAAUGUAAAUGACUCGUUGAAUGCAGGGGUGUCAGACAUUAACUUCACCCAGUAUCAUGAACAGGUGAAUAAACCUAUCGUCACUGUCUCCUUGCCAUCAUUUGCAUCCAAUGUCAGCAAGGCUGCCAACACAACAAAGAGUCAGGCUUCGGUUAGUAAUAAGUUGGCGAAUGAAGCAAACAAACUGGACAAUCUAGACAAAACAUAUGUGAAACCAGCGGAGAAACAGGCAAAAGAUCUGGGUAAACUUGCAAGUGAUCUUCAGCAAUCGGGCCAAGCCAUACUGAGUUCUGGCGAAAGAGUUGUUAAAAGCAUAGAGGAAGUGGCGACCUUUUUACAGGAUGAUGCUCUGUCAAUUGCUGCAAAGGGGGUAACAAUGCACUGGGACAAUGUGUUUGGUAAUGUGGAUUAUUUGUUGGACUAUGUCAUCCGUCAGGUCCGAUUUGACGUUGGAAAGUGUAAAGUUCUGUCAAACAUAUACCACGGGUUUACUGGAUCUGUAUGUUCUGAAUAUGCGGCCGGAAUGAAUGCCUCAUGGGUAGCAUCUGGUCUGAGUUCUCUUGUACUCCUCGUCUCAAUUAUUCUUUGCGUAAAGGCGUCUAAACAUUUCUUACGGGCGAAAAAGACUGGAGUUUUUAACAAACUAGAACCAGAGGAUAUGGUUCAAUUGCACAGCCUCGAGGAAAGGCCGAUGCAUCAUGCCUAGAAAUUGCUUUCGCUUAGGUGCUUCAGUUAACGAAGAAAUAAUGGAAAAAAGAAAAAAAUGAAAAAAAAAGUGAUUAAAUGAAAAUAAAAAUAAAUUUAUCAAGGGUUUUUUAGUAUGCAGGUUAAAAUAUUUUCGCGUAUCCUUGGUAAUGUGAAUUCUGGAGCAACUAGGUCUGUAUGUAGUUUUUAAUGGCCUAGCUGACGGCCUUCUGCAGAUGUAAUAUUCCACAAAAGCAAUAAACAAUUUUGCCAACAAGGGUACAAAGCGGUUAAGCCAUGAAUGGGCUGUUGUGAAAAUUGAUGAAGGCGUUACAUUUAUACCGUGGUGAACACCACGCAGUUGACACAGGAAUACUGAACACAAAAUCAUCUGUGAGAAAAGACAUUGAAAUGAAAAUAUUUUCUUUUAGCUCACUGACUUGUUUACACAGAAUAAAAAUAUCCCGUAAAGACCAGUUAAUUUUAAGAAAGUUUAAGGUAAACUUAAACAUUGCCAAGUGUGAAUCUUGGUACACUAAUAGUAUUUCUACGAUUUACACAAUAAUGUAAAUUAAGGGCCAUAAGACUCCUUUUAGCGUCACGAGCAAUCUUAAAGCACGCGGGUUUCUUCAAAACAGCAGUGUUCCAAUAAAAGCCUUUAUUAUAAACGAGUGCUACUAAAAUCGUCUAAAAGUCACAAGCAUACGAAUCUGGUAACAAGUGGUUCUGCUGUGGGAUCACAUGGUUUUCAGGCGAAAUGGAGGGCUAACUGUCAAAAAGGGAGGGGGAAGGGGAACACAGGAAUAUUACAAAGACUUGGGGGGGAUUAAGUAAAUUUUAUCGCGACAAACCAAACUCCUCAGACCCCUCCCCAGCGAUAAAUAAUUACCAGUCCCUCAGCUUUAAGGAAUUUUCACGGUCUAAUUAGGUGGUGUGGUGUUAAGGCGGCUUUUUGAUAUAUUGGGCUUUCAGACGAGUGGCUUGAGGAAAAGGUGGCUUUCUAGGGAAAGGGAGUUCAUAAAGGACUCUUUAACCCUUUCACUCCCAAAAGUUCAUUAGUAAUUCACCUUACUGUCUGCUAUACAAUUCUUAUGAUGUUAGUUUGGAGAAUUUGGUGUUGUAUCAACUGUCAAUCCCCUAAUUGACAUUUUUCUUUACUACUAUUGCUUAUCUGCGUGACAUAUCGAAAUUCUAAGGA